AUGACUUCGGCAGCACCAAAAGCGCCAUGUGUAACAUGCGGAAGAAGUGCCGGUCUGUUCAAUUGUCAAGGAUGUGGACAAACAUUUUGUAUGAAACAUGUGAUAGAACAUCGGCAAACAUUAAGUCAUCAAUUGGAAGAGAUUGUGAUCGAACACGAUACUCUCCAAGAGAUACUUCUUAAUGAUAGAGAUCAAGAACAUUCACUAUUCAAACAUAUCGAUGAAUGGGAACGAAAAUCUACUGAAAAGAUCAAGCGUAUCGCUCAAGAUACUCGUCAGGAGCUGUUAGAAUUUACAAAUAUGUGUAAAAAGACCAUAGCACAAGAAUUGAAUAGUCUAGCUGAACGAAUAAAAUCUGCACGUAAAGAAGAGGAUUAUUUCGAAACUGAUCUUAGGCAGUGGAUUUUAACAUUAGAUCGCUUGAAAAAUCAACUACUAAAUACUUCUUCGCAAAGUGAUAUAGAAGAAGAUACGUCUAAGCCAAUAGUUUAUCAAAUAAAACGUUUGAACGUCGUCAAUAGUCAAAACACAUUACACAAGAAACAUCCUUCACCAAGUAUGAUGAUAUGUCGAGAUAGUUUCGAUUGGUGUCUUGAUGGUGCUGAAAUAGAAGAUCACGGACGAGUAGUUACGCACAAUAAAACGAAUACCUCGGUUGCAAUUCGUGGCAAAGGCACGUAUUCAGCUGGAAUACACCAAUUUGAUUUUCAAAUCGAAAAAAAUCCUUUGAAUACAUGGAUUUUCUUUGGUAUCAUUUCCAAAUCAGAUUUACUGACGAAGAACUCGUAUGAAUCUUCUUCUGCGUAUGGAUGGGCUGAUUUCGAUGAUUUUUUUCUCGCUGGCGACCGUCAAAACGAGAAAACGACUGGUCAGUUUACACACACACAUGAAAAUGAUGUUAUUCUACUGAUACUCGACUGUACCAAUCGAAAAAUUACUUAUACAAAUGAACGAAAUUUAAAUCAUCAGGAACUAUAUGUCGAUCUACAUCAUUGCCCAUUCCCUUGGCAAUUACAUGUGAAUUUUUUCGGAGAAUGUGACCGAGUGCGGUUAUUGAGUACAAAGAGUUUGUCUGGAGGGCGCGCCCCCCGCCCCCCGCAAUCCGCAAAAGCAUUACUGGAUGCAGGCGCCGUAACAGACGGCAUUCCUUUCCCAACGGGUUACGACGCCAUCGAUGCGUUGCUUGCACCGCAUUGCGGGCGGUAG